AUGAGUAAGCUUGCACUUCCCCUCAACUGGAAAUCUUCUGGUCGUGUCCUGGCUAUACGUUUAAUUACAUUCCAGCAAUACAUCAGCCAUGGCACACCUUGCUGUUUAAGCCGUUUGACCAUCAUUUUACCCAAAAAGCAUCAUUUGACCCACUCUCGAUAUCGCUGCAAUAUUGAAUUGACUAAUGAUUGUGAUGCUUUUGUCUCUCUUCUCAGUAGGUUUGAAUAUAUCUCUUUAGUUGUUUCUCUCUUAGGAGUCCCUGGAUUGGUUGUAUGGAAUCGUAUGAACAUUAAUUCUCUAGCUUGUUCUGCAGCAAAAGCGCUGAACUAUACUUCUCAAGCCCUUCACCUUUUGAAUAAAGAGCAAAGUGAACUCCAGCAUGGGCUUUUACAGAACCGCGCCGCUAUAGAUUAUUUGCUGAUGCUUCAUCAUUAUGGCUGUGAACAAGUGAAUGACAUGUGUUGUUUCAAUAUUACUGACAAUUCUAGAGCCAUUCAAAGCCAAAUCUCUCAUUUGCAAAAUCUUACACAUCACAUUAAACAGGACAUUGGUUUUCCUGGCCUCUGGGAUUCUUUCACCCAGUGGCUUACCGCUUGGUUGCCAAACCUUACUUGGCUUCGUAAUCUUUUUCAAUAUGCUAUUGUCAUAAUUUGUAUUCUUAUUUUACUAUGCUGCUUCCUUCAAUGCGUUCCUAGCCUCAUAAGUCUUUUCUCUCGGCUUCUCUCUCCCCCUCAACCACCCAGUAAACUCCUUGCUGCUUACUUUGCGAAAUGGCAACACCAACAGUAAACCUUAGGGGAGAUGUGGGCGGAUUUAUUUUGGGCAUGCGCUGGCAAACCACGUAUCCUGAAGUAUUUUUGUCCCAUCUACCCUGGCAAGCUUAUUUCGGGCAUUCACUGGCACACCACUAAUCCCGAAAUAUUUUUGCUUUAUCUACCAAGAACGCCUCGCAAACAAGAAAAGAAAGGGGGAGAUGAAGGGAAGUUUUCUUUCUGCAGUUCUCUUACUGCACAUGACUGUGGCAUUGUGGGAAAGUCUUGCUUUUAGCACUAUUGUUUCUUUUCUCUUGCAUUCUGGGAAGUCUCGCUCAUAAUCUUCUCUCUGCUUCUGCACAAGAGUCUGAGAAUGUUCUGAACAGUUGAUAUUACAAUUAAUAACGCAGGGAGGGAGCUGCAGCCCAAGAAAAGAAAAUACAGUGGUACCUCAGGUUACAUAUGCUCCAGGUUACAUAUGCUUCAGGUUACAGAGUCUGCUAUCCCAGAAAUAGUACCUUGGGUUAAGAACUUUGCUUCAGGAUGAGAACAGAAAUCACGUGGUGGCAGCACGGCAGCAGCAGGAGGCCCCAUUAGCUAAAGUGGUGCUUCAGGUUAAGAACAGUUUCAGGUUAACAAUGGACCUCCGGAACGAAUUAAGUAUGUAACCAGAGGUACCACUGUAGGUGGUAAGGGAACACCUAGUUACUUUAAAGGAAUUCAGAUCUCCAGGGCCUGAUUAGCUGCAUCCAAGGGUACAAAAGGAGUUUGCAGAUGUAAUCUCAGGUCUAUAAUCUUUGAGAAUUCCUGGAGAACUGGUGGCAAUUGUUGUCCCCAUCUUCAAAAUGGGUUAAAAGGCCAACCCAGGUAACUACCAACUGGUGAGCUGGACAUCCUGACUGCCUGACUUUGAUACUGAAAGUUAAAGAAAGAGUGGCUCUCUUCCUGCAAUAUCUUUGAGCCAGAAGGUGACUUUUGUGACUCCUAAAUUCAGUGGUGAUGACCUUUGCCCUGCUGGUUCUCUUUUUGAUUUUGUUAUACCUGGUUAAAAAAUAAAGGUCUGUUCUAUCAAUGGACUGUAGUAAAAAAAAAAAAAAAAAGUCUAGUCCAUUUUGGUGUCUUUUGCUACUCUAACUUGCUCAAAACAUUAGCUCAUUUGAAACUUUGCCAUUUGUGCAUAGUUUUAUUUAGUGGAAAAUGUAAUGAAAUCUCAGUGACUGCUUUCACUGAGAUGCUUAGAGAUGUUGGUAAUUUCUUCUCUCUGAAGGAUGGAUUUCUAUCUUUAUAAUAUAAUACAAUGUGGGAGGCAGCAGUUAUGAGUUAGAAGUUCAUCCUGAUUAGCAUAAAGUUAUUGUGUCUCAUUGGUCAGCUACUGCUUGCCUUAAGCCAGGCAGCCCCUGGUCAAUAAAGUGCUGUUUCAAAGAAGACCUGUCCACCUGGCCAUUUGGGUCUUCUUUAGUCCUUUGGCAUGCUAGUAAUCUUAGCCCAUUGGAUACUAUGUCAUAUGUGCAAAAUUAAAGUUCUAUUUCUUUGUCUAUUAGGAAAUGUAAUGGAUUGCUUUCACUGAUUAAGAAAUGAUUAGAGAGGUUGGUGGUCUCUUCUCAUCUGAAAAAUUGAUUUCUCUCUUCAUAAUAUUUCUCCAGGAUCUACUCCCACCCCGGAUUAAUGAUUGUAGAGGUCGCUGCAAACCAAGGUGUUCACGUAGAGAAUAUGUGGCUUCAACAACCUCCUGCGAUCAUCCUGAUCAUGUCUACUGCUGCCAAAAGAAGGGUAACAUGUUAAAUGUUUGUUAUGGGCCUCGAUCAUGAGUUGGAAAAGAAGGUAAAGAUGAUAAACAGGGUUGUUUGGCUAUUCUGGAAGGAAGAGGAAGAAACAAGGAGCAGGUUUUCUGCAUGGAGAGGAUGGAGAAAUGCUUCUGGGUGACAGAGAGAAGGUGGGCUGCUCAACACCUACUUUGCCUUGUCUUCCUCAGUGCACCGACCCCUCUUGCUCUCCAGGCUUCAGAGAUAGCUGCCUGAAGCCUUCGGAGCAUGGAGGGAGCACUCCGUCUGUGUUCCGGAGGCUUCAGGUUCCUUUCACUGAAGCCAGGAGAGCAAGACUCUUCUGGCUUCAGCAGAGAGGGAGAGCUGUGCAGCACCCCUUCAGCCAAGUGGGAGGAGAAAUGGAAGGGGCUCUGUUUCUCCUGCCGCUUCGCUGAAGGGGCGCUGAGCAGAGAGGGGGAGAUUUUUUUCCUCUUGUUCUCCCCCUCUAAAACAAGGUGCAUCCUAUGGUCCGGUGCGUCCUAUAGAGCGGAAAAUACAGUAGUUGGUACUGGGCCAUUUCCAUAGCAACAGACUUGGCUGACUUUGCACCUGUUGGCUUAUCUCAUCCAUGGGGUGAUUUAUGCUUAUGAAGCAAAUUAACCCCUUCCACAGGACCUGGUUCUCCAAAAUAACAAGUUAUUUUUUUGUUUUUGUUUUUAAGGACUGAAGCUCUUAGGAUCAGGAAAUGUGGUUAAAGAUAAUAAAAAGCUGGUGGUUGUUCUUGCUUUGUUCAAAGCAUGAGGAAGAAGAAACCAGGAGUAGUGUUAGGAGCUGGAGUCAGAAGUACAGUAGGUCAGCAACUAAACAGUCUCUUUUUUUUAAGGAACCAAAACAGUGCAGGCCUAGUGAUUGCAGCACAUCUUCUCAGUAGGUGUUGCCCCAAUGAGGCAUUGUGAGGCCUAAAUGGUCCCACCUUCCCACCGCUUUUAGAACUUCUUCUCCUUCAGGGGCCCUUCCCAAGCAAUCUCAGGCUCCUUCAUCUAGUCUCUCAUUGCUAACCUGUGCUCUGCUCUUUUCAUUCCUCUAUGUGUUCUGGGAGACCAGGGGAGAGGGAGGAUGCUGGUUGCAGCAGGAUGGGGAGACUCCCUGGAUUCUUCAGCAGCCAGGCUCAUCUCUGUCUCCUGCCCCCCUCCUCUUCUCCACCCUCCACUGCUGCCUCUGAUUCUGGACUGCUCUCUGUCACCUCCUCUUCCUGCUCACUAAAUCCUGUUACCUCUUCAGCUUCCAAGACCUCCUUCUCUCAGUCUGCUCCUUCUUUCCCCCCAGACCACUCAUAAUGGCCCCACCACCAAUCCCCUGUCUCUGAGCCUUCUUCUCUGAGCCUCUCACCACUCCUCUGCAUCCAUCCAGUCAAUGACAAGUAAGUCCCAUGCACUGAGAAGAUUUGGGGCUAGAGAGAAGGUGGAACUGCUCAACAACUACUUUACCUCUGUCUUCUGCUAAAAGGAAACAGUGCACAAUGUGGUGAUUAUAGAAUAAAUGAUGCAGAGGGAUAAUAUUUCUCCAGGACCCACCCACCCACCAGGAUCCACCCACCCACCGGAUGAAAUUUGUAAAGGUUGCAAACCAAGUUGUUCAGAUAGAGAAUUUGUGACUUCAGCAACUUACUGCCAGGAUCCUGAUCUUGUCUACUGCUGUGAUAUUAUAGGUAACGUAUCUAUCUUUUCCUAAGGACUGCAAAUAUUAUGUGAUUGGGGAGGUGAGCAGUGGUGUUUUUUCUUUCUUUCUUGCUAUGUUUGAAGCAAGAGAAAGGACAAACAAGGAAUAGCAUGGAGAGGUGCUAUUAGGUGACUUGGGGAAAAUGGAGCUGAUCCACACCUACUUUGCCUCUGUCUUUUUCACAAGUUUUCAAAAGGAAAACAAUGUGUUGAUAUUACAAUUAAUAAUGCAGGGAGGGAGCUGCGGCCCAAGAAAAGAAAAUACAGUGGUACCUCGGGUUACAUAUGCUCCAGGUAACAUACGCUUCAAGUUACAGAGUCUGCUAACCCAGAAAUAGUACCUUGGGUUAAGAACUUUGCUUCAGGAUGAGAACAGAAAUCACGUGGUGGCAGCACGGCAGCAGCAGGAGGCCCCAUUAGCUAAAGUGGUGCUUCAGGUUAAGAACAGUUUCAGGUUAACAAUGGACCUCUGGAACGAAUUAAGUAUGUAACCAGAGGUACCACUGUAGGUGGUAAGGGAACACCUAGUUACUUUAAAGGAAUUCAGAUCUCCAGGGCCUGAUUAACUGCAUCCAAGGGUACAAAAGGAGUUUGCAGAUGUAAUCUCAGGUCUAUAAUCUUUGAGAAUUCCUUCAGAACUGGUGGCAAUUGUUGUCCCCAUCUUCAAAAUGGGUUAAAAGGCCAACCCAGGUAACUACCAACCGGUGAGCUGGACAUCCUGACUGCCUGACUUUGAUACUGAAAGUUAAAGAAAGAGUGGCUCUCUUCCUGCAAUAUCUUUGAGCCAGAAGGUGACUUUUGUGACUCCUAAAUUCAGUGGUGAUGACCUUUGCCCUGCUGGUUCUCUUUUUGAUUUUGUUAUAUCUGGGUAAAAAAUAAAGGUCUGUUCUAUCAAUGGACUGUAGUAUAUAAAAAAAAAGUCUAGUCCAUUUUGGUGUCUUUUGCUACUCUAACUUGCUCAAAACAUUAGCUCAUUUGAAACUUUGCUAUUUGUGCAUAGUUUUAUUUAGUGGAAAGUGUAAUGAAAUCUCAGUGACUGCUUUCACUGAGAUGCUUAGAGAUGUUGGUAAUUUCUUCUCUCUGAAGGAUGGAUUCUAUCUUUAUAAUAUGUCUCCAGAAUCCACUCCCACCGAGCAAAUGAAGUGUAAAGGUCGCUGCAAACCAAGGUGUUCACGUAGAGAAUAUGUUGCUUCAACAACCUCCUGCGAUCAUCCUGAUCAUGUCUACUGCUGCCGAAAGAAAGGUAACAUGCUAAUUUUUUGUUAUGGGCCGCAAUCAUGAGUUGGAAAAGAAGGUGAAAAUAAUGAACAGGGUUGUUUGGCUAUGCUUGAAGGAAGGCAAAGAACAAACAAGGAGUAGGUUUUCUACGUGGAGUGGAUGGAGAAAUGCUUUUGGGUGACCGAGAUAAGUUGGACUCCUCCACACCUACUUUGCCUCUGUCUUCUUCCAAAAGUGUAUAAUUUGAUGAUAAUAGAAUAAAAGAUACAGAGAGGGGACUUCAGCGCAAGGUAGGAAGAGAGUUGGUAGGGGAACACCAAGCUAUUCUGAAUGAAUUCUAAUCUUCAGGGCCUUAGAACUGCUCCCAAACGUACUAAAGGAACUUGCAGAUGUAAUCUCACAGCCUCUGUAUAGAAUAUUUGGGAAUGCUUGGACAAAAGGUGGUGUCCCUGCAGACUGGAAGUGGGCAAACUUUGUUGCCAUCUUCAAAAAGGAAAAGAAAAAGGACCCAGGAACAUAACUAGUUGGUCAGCUUGGCUAGGAUACUAGGAAAGGUCCCCAAAAUGACAAUGAGUCAACGAGAAGUUAGCAGGCAUGCCACUUUCAGAGGCCCUGGGGGCCCGAGCACCAACAAAUUUUCAUUUUGGGUGUCCACGGGUGCCUGGCUACCGCCUCCUGCUGUGGCUGCAGCCUCCCACUGCCUCUGCAACACAGUGUGGCGGAGGCGCAGGCCCUGGCCCAGUUGCCUUGUUUUCUCAAAAACAAGUCAUAGCUGAUGAAUCUAAGUUAAAAAAACAAACAAACCCAAAUUGGCAAGCUUAGUGGAUAAGGGUAAUGCUGUGAAUGUCUUGAUUGCAGUAAGGCUUUUGACAAACUCCCCCCUGGUUACUUGUCAUUCUGGAAAAAGAAAUCACAAGUGGGUUACCACAGGGUUCUGUCCUGGGCCCAGUGUUAUUCAACAUUUUUAUAGACGGCUUAGAUGAAGGAAACAGAGGGGCUGCUCAUCCAAUCUACAGGUGUGGAAUUUAGCUCUUCAGGAAAAGCUUACCUGGCACGUCAGACUUUUGAAUGGGAAAGCAAAGCCACACUCAAAUCUGGUGGGACUUUGUUGGAUAUAUCAGCUGUUGGCUAUUUGCAGUAUGGUAGCACUGCAGAGAGCUUGCUGGGGAGACCAUGCAUUAAAAAGGACUCAAAAAGUACUUAAACAAGGUUUUAAUUACAAAAACAAAAACUCCAUUUACACUAAAUACAUCAACAAACCAACAUGACCCAACCACCAACCCAUCCCCCAGGGUAAUGGGAGAGCUAGGUGCUGCUCCUUAUAUACUACACCCAAUUGCUGACACAGCUUAAUCAAUACAACUCAGCAGCACCUGCUAUGUUUCACAGCUGUAAAGCUGGGUCUCUUUAUCUUGCUCUGGCCCCUUAAAGACAUACACAUCGGGUGGAACAGUGAUGAACCUUUACAUUUAAAGAAACCAUUCAACAGUUCAAGGAACUGUUAUAUUGUUCUCUCCCCCAACCCUAUCCUGGUAUCCCAAUACAUUAGGUAAAGGUAAAGGGACCCCUGAUCAUUAGGUCCAGUCGUGACCGACUCUGGGGUUGCGGCGCUCAUCUCACUUUAUUGGCCAAGGGAGCCGGCGUACAGCUUCCGGGUCAUGUGGCCAGCAUGACUAAACCGCUUCUGGCGAACCAGAGCAGCGCAAGGAAACGCUGUUUACUUUCCCGCCGGAGCGGUACCUAUUUAUCUACUUGCACUUUGACGUGCUUUCGAACUGCUAGGUUGGCAGGAGCAGGGACCAAGCAACAGGAGCUCACCCCGUCGCAGGGAUUCGAACCGCCAACCUUCUGAUCGGCAAGUCCUAGGCUCUGUGGUUUAACCCACAGUGCCACCCGCAUCCCUUUCCCAAUACAUUAGGGAAAAAUAGAAUACAUGGCCUUCUGUUUAUUAUAGGUUAUACUUUACUGUACAUUGCAGUGCCACCCAUUGCGUGAACAGGCAGCGACCACCCCAGCCCCCAGGGACCACCAGAAAGGAAUAAUGACUCUGACAACGUGUUAUGGAAUUAAAAUUUGGCCACAACUUUAUUAAACUUUCAAAUGUAGGAAGACCUUGGCUUAGGCAUUAGGCAUAUAUCCCUCCCAGCCCCCCAGCUGGGGGGACUGGGGCUCCUCAGGGUAAAUGGGUUAUGGGGGUGCUCUGCAAGACACAUGUGUACAUAGGCAGCCCACCCCAUAUCCACGCACGCUGGGUAGUUCACUGAUAACCUUUCAGUGUAUAGCCAGUGACACUCAUAUUACAACCCCUUUAAGAGGGGACCCUGGAAUUGCCGUCGCGGGGUGUGUGUGUGUGAGUCACCACUUCACCCCCCCCCCAAAUUUCAGGGAAGAAAAGACUAAAGGAUUCCACCCAAGGCCUUAAACCGCCAAAGUUGUGACGAAUUCCUACAGGGAAGACAAAACCUGCCAGUGCAGGAGAAUUUCUUCCCAGCUCUUCAACAGCAACCAGUCAAAAGACCGUAGCAGCACCUGCUAAACAGGAAGAAAAAGGUUAACCUGUAAGCAAGAAACAUUAAACAAAGGGAGGGUUGGGUGAAUGAAGCUCCUGAGCCGACUGCCGGGCUGCUGCUGGCUCCACCCCCUAAUUAUGUGAUUGGCCCCACCUCCCAGCAGUGUAAAUUGACUGACUGAGGCUGGGCGUGAGCCCCCAAAGAAUAACACUGAGAAGCAGGCCAGCGCACAUAAGUUCCCUGGGGUCCGAAGAACCGUGUGCGAUCCCGGAAAUGCACCCACAGUGUGAGUGUUCUCCUUGUGCACUCAAUCUUUCCCAACAUCAGGGUCUUUUCCAGGGUGUCUUCUCUUCUCACGAGGUGGCCAAAGUAUUGGAGCCUCAGCUUCACAAUCUGUCCUUCCAGUGAGCACUCAGGGCUGAUUUCCUUCAGAAUGGAUAGGUUUGAUCUUCUUGCAGUUUCCUGCUUGGCAGGGGGUUGGACUCGAUGGCCCUUGUGGUCUCUUCCAACUCUAUGAUUCUAUGGGACUCUCAAGAGUCUCCUCCAGCACCAUAAUUCAAAAGCACAAAUUCUUGGCGACCAGCCUUUUUUAUGGUCCAGCUCUCACUUCCAUACAUCACUACUGGGAAAACCAUAGCUUUAACGGGUCUUCACUUACCUCAUAGUAAAUGUCACAAAUUUUGGAAGUUCAGGCAUUGGGUUGGAACCUUAGCUGACCAGAGGUCCUGUUAAAGGGGUGCACGAAUUGGAGUCCACAUGGGGGCCUAUGGGACAUAGUGCCUUUCCCAAUGGUGGCCCUGGUGGGAUUGUACAACCUGAUGCAUGUCCACUGGCACCAACUCCAGGGGCCCCCAGGGCCCCCUGCACCCACAAUAUUUUGUGUGUGACCGUGUGACCUUAGUUGAGACUUCCAGAGCUUUGUGAGCCCUGGAAGUUGCGUCUGAAGCCUCACAGAGCCUCCCAACGCAACUUCCAAGAGAAACCAGAAGUCUCAUUGGAGGCCUGAGACGUAACCUCCAAGGCCCCACGAGGUCUUGGAAGUGACAUCUAAGGCCCUGCACAGUCUCAGAAGCUACUUCUGGUAGAAACUGGAAGUCACGUUGGAGGCCUCGUAGGCGUUGCUGCGGCGCCCGCAGUGUAAUAUGAUGUAAUGAUGUCACAACAUCACUUUCCAUCUCACGUGCCAUUGGGCAGCCAUAAUCUGGGCCCCAAGUUGGCACCACUGUGCAUGUUAGAGGUGACCUCCCAGUCAGGGUUGACCCACCCUACUCAACAACCAGCGGUCAGGCUGCUUGAUACUGUAUACAUAUCCAAUGCCUUGGCCAAAACCUACUGACAUGUGAAAUCAAUAAAAGUUAUGGCCUAUUUCAACCCAAUAGCAAUGUCCCGUGUCUCAUUUAUUUGGCUGGCCUUUCACUGGGCUGUGAGCAUCUUGCCCCUGUAUAUGCAAUCCAAUCCUAUACAUAACUACUAUGUAUCUCCCUAUAUCUGGUCCACUUGCACAAAGCAAGGGCAACUCAUAUAUCAAAACAAUGCAGACAUUUUAAAUAAUCCCACAAGAAAGAAAAGUUACAAAAUGGGGAGGCUAGUCUAUUAAGGAAAAACGGGCACUACUGAAUCCUCGAACUUCCAUUUACACACAUAGUUUUGACAAUUUAUUCCAGGUGAAACAUAAGGAAAACCUUUAUAUAAUUUUCUUUUGUUUUUAAGUAUAAACUACGAAGAUGAAGAUUGAGGAUCAUUUGAAUAUUGGGGGCUGUCCCAUCACUUGGAGAGCCACUGGAUCCUGCUUCAACCCCAGCUAGAGUCUCCUUCUGCUUCUUCAUCAAAGCAUCCAGAUCAAAAGAAGUGCUUGCAACAUUCUCCAUGAUUACAUGAGAUUCUCCCUUGCAAUAAAAGUGAAUUAAAAAAAAAGCAAUUUC